AUGGGAUUUGUUGCUCCGACUAUCCUAUACGCUAAACUUUUGAUAAAACAGCUCUGGCAGCUGGGAAUCGACUGGGAUGAUGAGCCGCCGCCACACAUCAUUAAGAUAUGGAGACAGUUUUGUCACGAGCUUCCAUUGCUCAAUGAUUUUAAAAUACCGCGACAUGUAGGUGUGGUGGAAGACUGCGUCGUCACUUUAGUCGGAUUCUCAGACGCCAGUGAGCUCGCGUACGGAGGUGUGGUAUACCUUCACGUACAGUCCGCUAGUGGUAACACCGUGCAGCUCGUGUGCUCGAAGUCCAAAGUUGCGCCCUCGCAACCGCUCACUAUCGCUCGUCUCGAGCUCUGCGGAAUCGUGUUAUUAUCUAAAUUACUUCGCACAGUUUUAAAUAAUUACGCUGGCCGCUUUGCCGUUAACGUUUGCGCUUUUACCGACUCUAAAGUCGCUUUAUAUUGGAUUAAAAGUUCGCCCCACCGCUGGCAAACGUUCGUCGCAAAUCGCGUCGUCCAGGUGACUGACAACAUCUCCGCUGAUAACUUUCAUCACGUCUCCGGAGUGGAGAACCCCGCAGACUGUUUGUCGCGUGGCGUUACGCCACAGAAGCUUAUUUCGCACCCCCUGUGGUUAAAGGGGCCUCCGUGGCUUGCGAUGGACCCGUCACAGUGGCCUAUUAAUAAAGAGUCCGAGGUACAGUCUAUUGAAGAUAUACCUGAGAGGAAGAUUUUAGCACACCCUGUGACUGCUCCCGCGCAUGACUGCGCUAUAUACAACCUUGCUCAGCGCGUGUCAUCUUGGACGAAGCUAUUACGCGUGAUUGUAUUUGUAUGCAGAUUCACUAAAUUGUUACCUCGCCACAAAGGUUCUGGAUACUGUCCGCCCGUCGCGCUGUGA